AUGGCGUCGAGGGGCCGCGCCUGUGCCGCUGCUGGCUACUGGCCCCUGGCUGCUCCCUACCACAGCCAGGGUGAGCCAUUUGCCAGUAUGGUGGACGUGCUGUGCAACCAUGACUUGAUGGACUUCCCAUCCUUCCACGCUGAUGGAAAGCGGAAGAACAAGCUGGUAGAGCUGUACCACAUCUUCUCAUACCUUGGCAGCUCCCUGGGCAACAUCCUGCAGUACCAGAGGACCCUCAACCCCAGUGAUCAGAACCUCCACAGUAAACUGAGCUCCUCAGUGGGCACCAUGCGAGGAAUCCUCAGCAAUGUGUUCUGCCACCUGUGCAACAAGUACCACGUGGGCCACAUGGAUGUAGCCCCUGUCUCUGAUACCUCGGCCAUGAGCACCUUUGAGAAUAAGAGGCUGGGCUGUCGGCUUCUGGGGAAGUACAAGCAAGUUAUCACAGAGCUGGCCCAGGCCUUCUAA